UCAUUUUCCUCGGCGGUGGAGAAAUUCCAGGCCAGACUGGACCUACACGACGACGAAGUACACUGAUUUUUCCUCUCAGCCUAAAAUAGUCCUCAAGUUAAGAUAACAAAGUCACGAUGGUAGCAAAAGACAGAGUCAAAAAGAAACGCCCCACCCUACCCCUUCCCCCUGAUGAGGAUGAAGAAGAAGCUGCCACCAGCAGUAGUGUCGACGUCAAACCAAAAAUUGUGCAAGAUCCAGUCAAAGCUUCAUACGAUGCGUUCGUUGCUCUUCCAAUAAAAACUAUACAGGAAAAAUGGAAACUCGUCCCCGCCUUUCUCGAAGCGAAAGGCCUGGUAAAACAGCACAUCGACUCUUUCAACUAUUUUAUCAACGUUGACAUCAAGAAGAUCAUCAUGUCGAAUGCUCGCGUCGUUUGUGACGUGGAUCCGUCCUUUUACCUGAAAUACUUGAACGUGUACAUCGGUCUGCCCGAUGUUGAGGAGGGUUUCAACAUAUCCAAACCAACGACACCUCACGAAUGCCGACUUCGUGACAUCACCUACUCCGCCCCCAUCACGGUCGAUAUUGAGUACAUCCGCGGAACGCAGAGAGUCCUUCGGAGCGGUUUGCCGAUUGGGAGGAUGCCGAUCAUGCUGCGUUCCUCGAAUUGCAUCCUAAAUGAGAAAUCUAAUGCGGAAUUGUCGAAAUUAAACGAAUGUCCGUACGACCCGGGCGGUUAUUUUGUUGUGCGAGGAACGGAAAAAGUAAUCCUGAUUCAGGAGCAGUUAUCCAAAAAUAGGAUAAUUGUCGAGGAGGAUAGAAAAGGCGAGGUCACGGCGCAGGUGACGAGUAGCACGCAUGAGAAGAAAUCGAGGACGAACAUCGCCAUAAAACAUGGGCGAUUCUACCUCCGUCACAACACAUUGCAGGAGGACAUUCCCGUGACCGUGAUUUUACGCGCCAUGGGGAUCGAGUCAGACCAAGAGAUCGUACAGCUUAUCGGUCCUGAAGACUAUAUCAUUGAGUCACUCGUCGCCACGAUUGAGGAGACGCAAAAGCUGAACAUUCACACGCAGGAACAGGCCGUGAAAUAUUUGGGGACAAAAUUGAGACAGAGACGGUUCGGCCCUCCGCUCGGAUUCGUAGCGAAAAAGAAGUCCGUGGAGGACGAAGUGAAAGACUUGUUGGCGACCACAAUUCUACCGAACGUUCCCGUGGUGGAGUUCAACUUCAAGUUGAAAGCCAUGUACACAGCGAUGAUGGUUCGAAGGGUGAUCCAAGCUCAGUCCGACCCCUCAAUGAUUGACGACAGGGAUUAUUAUGGAAAUAAAAGGAUGGAGUUGGCCGGCUCCCUUCUCGCCCUCCUCUUUGAAGAUCUGUUCAAAAAGUUCAAUUGGGAGCUGAAAACCAUAGCGGAAAAGAACAUCCCAAAAGUGAAGGCUGCCGUGUUCGACGUGGUGACACACAUGCGACAAGACCAGAUCACGAAUGGACUGGAGAACGCGAUUUCUACCGGAAACUGGACUAUCAAACGUUUCAGGAUGGAGCGGAUGGGUGUGACGCAAGUCCUUUCUCGCCUCUCGUACAUUUCCUGCUUGGGAAUGAUGACCCGGGUCAAUUCGCAGUUUGAAAAGACGCGGAAAGUGUCUGGACCAAGAUCCCUGCAAGCUUCGCAGUGGGGAAUGAUGUGUCCCGCGGACACCCCGGAAGGCGAGGCGUGCGGCCUGGUAAAAAAUCUAUCUCUGAUGACCCACAUUACUACGGAAGUGGAGGAGGAGCCGAUAGUUCGCCUCAUCUUUAACCUUGGCGUGGAGGAUGUGAUGCUCAUGUCGGGCGAGGAAUGUCACGACCCAUCCUGUUUCGUCGUCUUUUUAAAUGGAGGGAUUGUCGGAAUCGUUCAAAACCAUACUCGCUUUAUCUACACGUUUCGAAAUUUGCGAAGACUCGGCUAUAUUUCCGGUUUUGUCAGCAUCUACCCCGACCUGAAACAAAGAGCAAUCUACAUAAGUUCCGACAUGGGGAGGUUGUGCAGACCGUACGUCAUCGUGCUUGCUGGAAAACCGCUGCUGACGAAGAAACACAUUGCCGAGUUGAAGAAAGGACUCCGCUCCUUUGAUGACUUCCUGACCGAGGGGAUCGUCGAAUACUUGGACGUGAACGAGGAGAACGACUCCUUCAUCGCCAUGUACGAACAUUUAAUUCAAAAGGACACGACUCAUUUGGAGAUCGAACCCUUCACCCUGCUCGGCGCUUGUGCAGGCCUCGUCCCGUAUCCGCAUCAUAACCAGAGUCCUCGAAACACUUAUCAGUGUGCUAUGGGAAAACAGGCGAUGGGAACGAUCGGUCUGAACCAGAAGAACCGGAUUGACACGCUGAUGUACAACCUGGUCUACCCGCAGAAACCCAUGGUAAAGUCGAGAACGAUCGAACUGAUAAAUUUCGAACAGCUUCCGGCCGGUCAGAAUGCCAUCAUUUGUGUUAUGAGCUACUCCGGAUAUGACAUCGAGGACGCCCUCAUUCUCAACCGGUCGUCUCUCGAUCGAGGUUAUGGGCGUUGUUUGGUCUAUCGAAAUGCAAAGUGUACCCUGAAGCGGUACGCGAAUCAAAGUUUUGAUCGCGUCAUGGGGCCCGUGGUUGAUGCCACGUCGAAAAAACCGAUCUGGCGGCACGAGUGGCUCGACGGGGAUGGGAUUGCGCUCCCAGGGUCGCACAUCCAGAAUAAGCAGGUGAUGAUCAACAAAUCGAUGCCGACCGUGACGCAAACGCCCGUCUCGAACGAAGACCCACGCAGUCAUGGCGAAGAGUAUAAAGAAGUGCCCAUCACGUAUAAAGGUUCCGUCCCCUCCUACGUGGAAAAGGUCAUGAUUUCCUCGAACAAUGAGGACGCCCACAUCUUCAAAUUGCUCCUCCGUCAAACCAGACGGCCCGAGUUGGGGGAUAAAUUUAGCAGUCGGCACGGUCAGAAGGGUGUGACAGGUCUCAUCGUGCAACAGGAAGACAUGCCUUUCAACGAUAGAGGAAUUUGUCCCGACGUGAUCAUGAACCCGCACGGUUUCCCGUCUCGUAUGACGGUUGGAAAAUUGAUCGAGCUACUGGCAGGAAAGGCUGGCUUGUUGGAUGGCUGUUUUCACUAUGGGACAGCAUUCGGCGGAUCUAAAGUGACCGACGUGUGUGAAGACUUGGUCCGUCACGGGUACAACUAUCAAGGGAAGGACUUUUUCUACUCCGGUAUCACAGGCGAACCACUCGUCGGCUACAUUUACUCGGGACCUGUCUACUAUCAAAAACUGAAGCACAUGGUGCUGGACAAGAUGCACGCGCGUGCCCGUGGUCCCCGCGCGGUACUUACCCGUCAACCAACAGAGGGUCGUUCGAGGGAGGGAGGCCUCCGUCUGGGCGAGAUGGAGCGCGAUUGUCUGAUCGGUUACGGGGCGUCGAUGCUCCUUCUCGAACGGCUCAUGCUGUCCAGUGAUGUCUUCGAGGUGGAUGUUUGCAAUAAGUGCGGGAUUAUGGGCUACUCGGGAUGGUGUCACGGAUGCAAAUCUUCUCUUGACGUGUACACGAUAAAGAUUCCGUACGCGUGCAAACUUCUCUUUCAAGAAUUGCAGUCUAUGAACAUCAUUCCGCGUAUGCAGUUGACCAAAAUGGGAGUGGAUUGACGUUGAGAAAAAGACUAAUUAGAUAGUAAAUUAUUGACGUUUAGUUUUCAAAUAAUUAUACGAUUGUUCUCUUUCUAAUACAAAAAUGUGGUUGCUGAACGAAUAAAAAUGGUGGUAAUACUGAAUAAAGAACAUGAAAAGUAAAAGGAGAGUUUUCAAUUA